AUGCACGUGGCUGAUCAGGAGCGCACCAAUUUCCAAACUGACAAAGGAAUCUACUGCUACAAGGUCAUGUCAUUUGGAUUAAAAAAUGCUAGAGCCACUUACCAAAGAAUGGUGAACAAAAUAUUCAAGAAUGUUCUAGGGAAAAAUAUGGAGGUUUAUGUUGAUGACAUGCUGAACCUCCAGCUUCAAAGUGCACUUCAAUUUGAGUUUGAAGCUUCCAACAAUGAAGUUGAACACGAGGCUAUGAUCGCUAGUUUACAAUUGGCAAAAGAGGUUGGCACUAAAAACAUUGAACUCUACAGUGAUUCACAGCUUGUAGUCAACCAAGUGUCUGUGGAGUACCAAACAAAAGGAGAAAAAAUGACUAGUUACGUAGCUAAAACUUAG